AUGGCAGAAUUCCGCUACGCUACGCUAAAGCUUAGUGGAAUUCUGCUGCGUCAUGCUGCACUAACCACUAUGUUCCACUCAGGCUCAACUCUCAACUUCUUUCAACUUGCGGUAUCACCGAUCAGCCACAAACCACAUCAAAAAAUCACGCCAGAACCAACCAGCCUACCUCAAAACAACUGCUCUUCAUUGCCUUCGACCAGCCAAACUUGUCAGCCAAAGCCCAAACGUUCUUGUCGCACCAAUGCUCAAAUGAAGGCACAUCGUACAGAAAAAGAAAAGCUCAAAACGGCAAGGGAGGAACUCAAGGCGGACCGCAAGCGCCUUGCACAGGAAGAAAAAAAUCAAGCAAGAAAAUCAACUGGCACCGGCUCCAAAUCUUCGAAGAAUGAAGACCGCGGCAAGAAUUUUGACCAUAAGGAUUUCGAAAACAUAUGUAGUUAUCUCGAGACACCUGGACACUACACCGAUCUGUUCGGCAAUGGCCAAAAGACUAGUGUAGGCCAAGCAAAGUUGACAAAAGCAAAGGCCUUUGAUGUAUUUGCUGUGUGGAUGAACAGUCUCAAUCCAGAUCUCCAACUGAGUGGUCGCCGACUUCAACAACGUCUCACUUCUUACAAGCAGAAAUAUAUCAAAUCAAAAAACUUUGAAGAGAAAACCGGCGCCGGGGUGCUUGACGAGCAUGGUCCUCAGACUCUAGCUGAAAUUCUCGAAGACAUGUGCCCAUGUCAUGAUUGUAUUGAUACAAUCUUCCGAGACAAGCCAAACGUCACUCCGAUGCAUGAAUUCGACCAUUCACUCGCCUCGGCCACAUUGCUUCCUAAUGAAGAACUCACCGACGGAGAGUCUAGUGGAAGUUCAUCCUCUCAGUCUCAUGGUCUGAUCGGUGGCUUGAAUUACGAUCCAAUCUUGGAGGAUUUGGAUGUUGAAAUGUUAUCGACGACUCCUGCGGUAUCAACGACUCAUGCGGUAUCAACGACUCCUGCGGUAUCAACAACUCCUGCGGUAUUGACGACUCCUGCGGUAUCAAACAAUCCAGUGGUUCCUGCAAUCCAAUCUGAUUCGCCUGCGAUACGAUCCGAUCCGAUUCCUGAAAAUGAUCCAAUUUCCGAUUCAGCUACCACCCACCACAAUCAGCCCCCUGUACCAAUUCCAUCGGGCUCCACCCAAACUUUGGUGGCCCCUGCCAAUGCAGCUUUGGAGGUGCUACGUCGAAGGGCUAGUAAUGCUCCAGAUCCAAAAUCCAAGCCAAAUCUUGCGACUUCUUUUACUCAGGGAAACGAUCGAAAAUUUGAUAUGUUAGAAAAACAAAUUAAGAUUGAUCAACAACGAUGGAAUCAUCAGGUUGCACAAUCAAAGCUAGAAGAAAGCCGAGCCGACAGGAAGGAGAAAAGGGAGGUGGAUCUUGAGGACAGGCGAUUAAAGUUUGAGGAGGAGCAAUUCAAUCGACUUCAAAAACAAGAAGAAGCAAGAGUCUCAGGGUUGAAAGAGGUAGAAGUCGAAAAGAAACAAAUGGUCAACAAGAUGCUCCAAGAAGGCAGAUCACCAAAUGAGAUCACUGCCUUAGUGCGCCUGAUUUAUGGAUAG